AUGCCAGGAUUGUUUGCAAACUGUAGGAUUGUUGAAACCGGUAGCAAGGACUGUGCUGCAAACAGUAGGAAUUUCGAUACUGGUAGGAAGGACUGUGCUGCUAACAGUAGGAAUUUUGGUACAGGUACGAAGGACUCUGCUACAAACAGUAGGAAUUUUGAUACUGAUAGGAAGGACUCUGCUGCAAGCAGUAGGAAUUUUGAUACUGGUAGGAAGGACUCUACUGCAAACAGUAGGAAUUUUGAUACUGGUAAAAAGGACUGUGCUACAAACAGUAGGAAUUUUGAUACUGGUAGGAAGGACUCUACUGCAAACAGUAGGAAUUUCGAUACUGGUAGGAUGGACUAUGCUGCAAACAGUAGGAAUUUUGAUACUAGUAGGAAGGACUCUUCUACAAACAGUAGGAAUUUUGAUACUAGUAGGAAGGACUGUGCUGCAAACAGUAGGAAUUUUGAUACUGGUAGGAAGGACUCUGCUACAAACAGUAGGAAUUUUGAUACUGGUAGGAAGGACUCUACUACAAACAGUAGGAAUUUUGAUACUGGUAGGAAGGACUCUGCUGCAAACAGUAGGAAUUUUGAUACUGGUAAGAAGGACUCUACUGCAAACAGUAGGAAUUUUGAUACUGGUAGGAAGGACUCUACUGCAAACAGUAGGAAUUUUGAUACUGGUAGGAAGGACUGUGCUGCAAACAGUAGGAAUUUUGAUACUGGUAGGAAGGACUCUUCUACAAACAGUAGGAAUUUUGAUACUGGUAGGAAGGACUCUGCUGCAAACAGUAGGAAUUUUGAUAUUGGUAGGAAGGACUCUGCUGCAAACAGUAGGAAUUUUGAUAUUGGUAGGAAGGACUCUGCUGCAAACAGUAGGAAUUUUGAUACUGGUAGGAAGGACUCUGCUGCAAACAGUAGGAAUUUUGAUACUGGUAGGAAGGACUCUGCUGCAAACAGCAGGAAUUUUGAUACUGGUAGGAAGUUUCUGAAGACGCUUGUCACUACAAAGCCUGAGCUCCAAAGGCAGGAAUAUGAGGAAAGUCUGAAGUCAUUAGCAGGUUUCGUUCUGACACUCCGGACGUCAGAGUUUGUUACGUGA